GCUGGACGCUGGUUGGAGUUAUCGAUCCACUGCAGCCUCUGUCAGUAAACUCAAAUUAUUUUGUACAUUUUAUACUUAGAAAAACUCUUCUGAGAAUUAACCUAGUGACAGCAAUUAACCACAGUAGGCAGCAGAAGACCAUCGGUUAACCAUCAGCGGACCAUCAGUGGACCAUCAGUGGACCAUCAGCAGACUAUCAGCGGACCAUCAGCAGCAGAGCAUCAGUGGACCGUCAAGCGGACUAGCAGCUCAUGUAGCACUGUGAGGUUAAACCUAUCAUUUUACUGAUAGUACUUUGGUAAGGAUUUAAAACAUUUGGUAAAAAAAUUCUCAGUAGCACAACAGUUUUUUGAGACCCUCUCCCAUUCAAAGGUCAGACUUAACUACAGCUGAGCCUUUCUUCCUUUAAACCUGCCCCCUGACUUUUCCAGUCUUUGUAAAGGCACGUGUCCCUCAGGGUGGAGGCCUGCUUGAACCUUUUGUUCACCCAACAGCCAAUAAGGCAGUGACGUGUGCCGGCCCUGGAGUAUAAAAGCCUGGAAGAUUCUAGGAAGCGGCACAAAGUCCUUUUUGUACUUCUACUCUGACUACGUGUUCUUCCUCUGUUGACACCUUUCUGUGUACCAUGCAGUCUCCUGGCAAAGCCCUGCAGGACACUCUGCUGUGGGCUCAGAGCGAGCAGAGGCUCACUGUUGGCGUCUACGAAAGCGCGAAAAUCAUGACUGAAGACCCAGACAGCGUGUCCUUCUGCGUCCUGGGCACGGACGAGGAGUUUGAGUGCGACAUCGCGCUGCAGAUCCACUUCACACUGAUCCAGUCCUUCUGCUUCGACAACGACAUCAGCAUCGUGCGCGUCAGCGACACACAGAGACUGGCUGAGAUUGUCGGCGGAGACAAAGUCGAGCAACUGGAAGACGCUCACUGCGUCCUCAUCACGAACCCAGUUGAUGGUUCUUGGGAGGACCCUGCUCUGGAGAAACUGCACCUGUUCUGUGAGGAGAGCCGUCGUCUUAACGACUGGCUUCCUGAGAUCAACCUCCCCGGUCGUUGAUCUGAUCUGAGAUUCAACAUUUGUGAAUCUUUUUGUCUGGAAAUACUCAUCCUGACCUGCAGGGUGACCCUGUUUCUCUUCAUCCCUGGAUACUCCUGAGGAGGAUUCUGGUCCAGGCAGCACAGCGCCGGCCCCGGCCCCCUCUGCUGAAGGAAAGAGAGGGGCCCCCGGCCCGUGAACCGUCGACUCUCGUACCUGUCCAUGCCAAGAUGACUCUCAUUCUUUCUGUGAAUGAGGUCAGGCAUGAAACGAGAGCGGCACACGUCGACCCUCAUUCUUUGUGUGGAUGAGGUUUGGAGAGGAAGGAGAAGCGAGUUCUGCGUCCUGAGGUGUUUUGAGAAAAAAAAACCUCUCAGAGCAGAUGCCGCAAACGUGACGCACGCGCAGUAGGAGAAGAAGCGGUGCGGAGGAAGAGGUCGUCUUUUGGAAAGAGACUUUUCUGAAUGAUGUCCUCCUGGGCUGAGCAACAGAACCAACAGUUGCACAUCAGCGCUAAUGUUUUCCACUUUCCAGAAUUGUCUUAAUUCUCUAAAGGUUUCACUUUAGAAAUUU